CUGAAACACUGUAGCUUUACUCUUUUUCUAGCUUACAUGACCUCUGGAUGGUGGAGAAAUUCUUCCAGGACCAUGAGAGGAAGAUGCCUCGGGACAGUCUGAUCACCUCUGAGAAUGACAGUGAACAAGAUGCAGGUUUGUCCUUGCAAGAGGAACAUGAGAGUAAAACACACAGAACAAAAAGAAGAGAUGGUGACAGACAGAAAAAGAAGAGGAGAAAUGAGAGAAGAAAAGGAGGAACAAGGGCGGGAGAAGGGGAAGAGGACUUACAGGCCGUAUCUGAGAAAAGAGAAAGAAGCAAGCGAAAAAGAGCUAAGAGUAAACAAGAAACAAGCAGAAGAGAGAACAAUGAAGAGGAAGAAGCUCAACUAACAGGUGGCAAGGGAACAAAAGCAAGAAAGGAUAUCAGAAAUGAAAAAACACGCAGAAUGGAGAAGGAGGAAGUGCGAGAAGUUGAAGAAAAUGUUGAUAAGGGAAAAAAGAAACAGGGAAGUACCAAAAAGGGAGAGAAGAAAGAAGAUGGAGGUAAACAGCUGGUAAAGGGAAAAGCCCGGGAAGUAAAAAAGAAAAAGCACAAGAAGGCUGAAACAAGUUCAGAGCCAGAGACAAGCGAAGAGGACGAUGAUGAAGAAGAGGACAAUGACAAGGAUGUGGUGAGGCUGGAGUGUCUCUCUCCAGAGGAGCUGGAGAAGCUGAAGGAGGCAGUGGAUGAGAGGAAGAAACUGAUCCAAAGUCUAAGGGGAAAACCCUGGGCGAUGAAAAAGAAACUUGUCACUUUAAGGGAGUCUCAGGAGUUUGUGGAAAAAUAUGAAGGCGCCUUGGGAAAAGGAAAAGGCAGGAAGCUCUAUGCAUACAAAGUCCUGAUGACCAAGAAAUGGAUGAAAUUCCAACGGGACUUUGAAAACUUCAAAACUGCAUGCAUCCCAUGGGAGAUGAAAAUAAAGGAGAUUGAAAGUCAUUUUGGCUCCUCAGUUGCCUCAUACUUUCUCUUUCUGAGGUGGAUGUACGGCAUCAACAUGAUCUUGUUUGGCCUGACCUUUGGCCUGGUUAUGGUACCGGAGGCAUUAAUGGGGCGACCUUAUGGGAGCAUGCCAAGAAAGACUGUCCCCAGAGCUGAGGAGGCCAGUGCGAUGGACUUUGCUGUUCUUUGGGACUUUGGGGGUUACGCACAGUACUCGGUCCUCUUCUAUGGCUACUACAACAACCAGCGUACGGUUGGCUGGCUCAAGUUUCGCAUGCCUCUGUCUUACUUCCUGGUUGGUGUCGGUACAGUGGCCUAUAGCUACAUGGUAGUCAUCAGAACGAUGGCACGUAAUGCAAAUGAAUCAGGGGUCGGCGAUGAUAACAGCUUCAAUUUCAGCUGGAAAAUGUUCACCAGCUGGGACUACCUGAUAGGAAAUGCUGAAACAGCAGACAAUAAGUUUGCUUCCAUCACCACCAGCUUCAAGGAGGCAAUCUUAGAGGAGCAAGAGAGCCACAAGGAUGACAACAUCCAUCUGACUCGAUUCUUGCGUGUGCUGGCCAACUUCCUGGUCUUGUGCUGCUUAGCAGGAAGUGGAUACCUCAUCUACUUUGUAGUGCGCCGUUCUCAGAAAUUUGCCUUAGAUGGACUGGAGAAUCAUACGUGGUGGGAAAGGAAUGAGGUGAACAUGGUCAUGUCAUUACUGGGGAUGUUCUGUCCGAUGCUGUUUGAUGUAAUCAGCACCCUGGAGAAUUACCACCCGCGGGUUGCCCUGCAGUGGCAGCUCGGUCGCAUCUUUGCCCUCUUCUUGGGAAAUCUCUACACCUUCAUUAUUGCACUCAUGGAUGAGAUCAACCUUAAAAGGAAAGAAGAAAAGAUAGUGAAGUUUAAUAUAACCACGUGGGAGGCCAGUCUUUACAAUGGCACCGUUUCAGAAAACAGCACUGCUUCACCCGUCACGAUCCACCCUGCUGAUGUGCCCAGAGGGCCUUGCUGGGAGACAAUGGUCGGCCAGGAGUUUGUUCGCCUGAUCAUAUCUGACACAAUGACAACUUACAUCACACUGCUGAUCGGUGACUUCCUGAGAGCGGUUCUUGUUCGUUUUCUCAACUACUGUUGGUGUUGGGACCUAGAGGCUGGGUUUCCAUCCUACUCUGAGUUUGACGUCAGUGGGAACGUUUUGGGCCUGAUCUUCAAUCAAGGAAUGAUAUGGAUGGGUUCCUUCUAUGCACCCUGUCUGCCUGCCUUAAACGUCAUCCGGCUCCAUGUCUCCAUGUACCUGCAGUGCUGGGCUGUUAUGUGCUGUAAUGUGCCACAAGAAAGGGUCUUCAAAGCCUCUGGCUCCAACAACUUCUACAUGGCCAUGUUGCUGGUCAUCCUCUUUCUGUCCACACUGCCUGCCAUCUACACCAUUGUCUCCAUCCCCCCUUCAUUUGACUGUGGACCCUUCAGACUGGCCAUUUAUUACUUGCAAUCUACAUCCAAAAGCUACAGAGAAGCAAAUGUGGAGCUGAAGAAAAAGCUACAAAUGCAAAAUGAGGAGAACAAGAGGAAGAACAAACGAGCAGCGCUGAAAGCUCAAAUGGAUUUGGAGGAGGCCAGAAUGACUGCACAAGAGCAACAAAGGAACAACAAUGCUUCAGUACAGGAUCAAGAAAAUGAUACAGAUAUCCAUGGCAGCGGUCAGAGGCCGUAUCAGGAAAAGUAUGGAUGCAACCCUCCUCCUCCUGUUGGAGGCAGAGGACGCCAGAUGCCAUCCAGCAGAGACCCUGGCUCAAGGACCUACAACCGUGGCAACCACGGGCCUUCUGGAUACCUGCCUGGUUUUGCUCGGCAAAGUGAGCCCAGGAUGUACAGGGUGCCGAGCCUGCAGAGACACUGACACAACGACACAAAACAAAUAUGGGAAAAUCAAGCACUUUACUGAGAAAUUCAUGCUGGAUUCAUAGUACUUAGUGCACAUUAAUUGCUUCUCAUGAACAUAUUUUUUUUUCCUUUACAGUCUGUGUAUAUAAUGAAAAUAUAGAUGAACUGAACUGUUUUGUUUUCUUUUUAAUUUUACAUUACAGUUCUCAUGCAGUCCUUGUCUUAAAGCUAUUAACCAAAUAAAA